CAUUAGUACGACAAGAUUCCAUUCACCAAUCUACACAUCCGAAUGUUUGUCUGAUCUGAGGCCGCUGUCAUAACAAUCUGUAUCAGCAAUUUAGGAGAAACGAUCGCUGCCACAUAACCUGUAACGAACAGUACCUUGUUCUCCGCCACCAUGAGCUACGAGAAAUCCACCAACACUUCCCGCCUGGGGCGGGCCCCCGGCCUGGAUGACUUCGUACUCGGCUUCGUCGGUGCCAGUACACCACCGUCGCAAACGCUGGACCACACUCUGCGAUUCUUGUCGACUUGGUCGGGUACGGAUAAACUCAUGAUGUCGACACAAUACGCGGCCCGCCUAAUCGCUCCUGCUCUCGUGUACCGUGCCCUCUUGCAAUUCAACGCGAAGAAACGAGCGCAACCUGCUUCAUUAACGAGUGAGGGACUGCUCAAAUUCGCGGGUCAGAUUAGCAUUGCGCGGCGGAUUAUGGGCUUUGGGGUGCGUGGCUACCAGUUCGUCUCUGUCUUUCCUCUUCUGACGCGUCUUUCACUAGGAUUGCUCGGAAUACUGAAAGGCCUCUCCUCUCUCGAACGCUCCCCUCCGGCGUCCCGCCUUGCGCUUAACCUUGCCCGUCUGCAAGGACUGUCAAUGAUCGUGUUCUAUCCCCUCGAAUACAUCUCAUUCUUUUCUGCCCCCUUUGCACCGGUCUUGCGUAUCUCGCCAUCUCUGGCAGGAAAGGCGGGGCUGUGGAGUGUACGCGCAUGGGGCGUGUAUGUGCUCUUGAAGAUCGUCGAGCAGCUUCACCAGUGGCGCGAACUGUCGAAUCAACAGGAACAGAUCUCUCUGGGCGAUGACGAAAAAGCUCAGGCGGCACGAGUGGUCAACAAGCAGAAGCGAUACGUUCUUGCGCAUCACCUCUUGGCAAAUGUGUCGCGUCUGCCGGUCAUCUUGCAUUGGUCCGUGGUCGGAGGCGUAUAUAGUAACGAGUUGCUGACGAGCGCGUUAUCACUCAUAUCUGGUCUGGCGGCGUUCCGUGGUGGAUGGGAAGGCAGCCGAAUCCCUGCCCCCAUGAAAUGAUGAUACCUUCUGCAUAAUUAGUAUAUUUCGUCCAUAGUGUCCAUGUGCAAUCUUUGCCUAUAAUUGUCAGUAUAUUUAUGGCACGGCCAGCGAUUCACUCCGCCCGGCAUGACUGGAUCCUGCUGCCAC